AUGGCGGGCCCGCCCCUGCCACAGCGGUGCGCUUCACUGCGUUUAAUCGCGAACAGGGCGCGUAUGCGCAGGUUCAGACGAGUGGGUUUGCGCGCAUGGAGCUUCCGCAGUCCCCCGGAACAGUCCGGUGCGUGCCCGCGGGCUCAGGACUCACCUACAAUGCCUUAUAGCGGAGAACUGCGCUGUGUCCUGUGCAGAUGGACGGAUCUUCAGCUCCACUCCCGCCCCUCUGCGACAGACAUCUUUACAGGCACCGAGAGCCGAUCUGCGCAUGCGCCACACAAUACACUCUCCCGCGUCACAGCGGUCGCCAUCUUGGUGUUUGAUUCAUUCUGA